AAUAUCUCUAAUUCUCCCAACGGGAAUACGAUGAGAUUCAGUGGAAAUUAGGUCAUUCAAAGAGAAGAAAGUCAAUAAUGGCCGAGUGGUCGCAGCUUCUUGGAGAACUGUUGUAUAAUAUUGCGAAAAAACUGAACUCUGAUAUUGACGUUCUUCGAAUGAGGUCUGUCUGCUCAUCAUGGAGAUCAUCAGUUUCAUAUCCUCUGUUCUACUGCUUCCCUAAUUGUAUUCCCAUUCACCCGAAAGUUACUGGUACCAGUAUGUCUAACCUUGGUCUCUUUUAUCUCUCUAGAAGAUUAAUAUUACGUCUUGGACCACCAGAGAGUCAGCAGACAGGAACAUCUUGGCUUAUCAAACUUGAGCAAGAUGGUCCCGACAUGCCACAUCUUUUGAAUCCUCUAACUGGAAACCUAGUUCACCCAUCAUAUCCUACCUCACCAAAGAUUAUUGAUUCAAUCAACUUUCAAAUCUUUGAGUUGGCUCAAGAGUUUGUCCUUCGUUUUACUGAUAACCCACCAUAUACCAAUCCCUCUGCAUAUACUGGCGAUUUGUACAUGGAGAAAGUUGUCUUCUCUUCAAAUCCUCCUUGGAGUGUUGGCACCGAUUAUGCGAUCAUGACCAUACAUGUGUCAGGAAAAUUAGCUGUCUUCAGAUCUAUAGACAAUUUGUGGGCUAUAAUUGAUGAAUUUAUAUCUCUUUUUGAUGAUGUUAUAUGUUACAAAGGUGGAUUCUAUGCAGUGGAUAGCCGCGGCAGAGCUGUAGUUGUUAACCCAUCUCUAACCAUUUCAGAGAUUGCAAAUCCUAUAUAUGGUGGUGAUUUGAAGUGUUUGGUGGAAUCAGAUGGAGAACUGUUAAUGGUUGACAGAUAUCUAAGCACCGGUCUUGAUGAAGAACCUGGUAAUGAUCACAAUGAUGACCCUCUUGUUGCGCUGAGUGAUCUUUGUAUUACCGAGUCCACAGUCUGUUUUAAAGUCUACAAGUUAAAUCAAGACUUGCAGACCUGGGUCGAAUUAAAAAGCUUGGAUGAUCGUGUUUUAUUCCUAGGUGACAACUGCUCAUUUUCUGCCUCAGCUCAUGAUUUUUCAGGAUGUAAAGGAAGUUGCAUAUAUUAUACAGAUAAAUUUGCCCGCUCAAGCAAUGAAGAAGACGGUACAUUUGCCACUGACAUUGGCCUAUUUAACCUAGAGAGUGGCAAUAUUGGUCCUCUAGUUUCUAAUUCAGGGUGUUCACAGUUAUUCUGGCCUCCACCAGCUUGGGUUUCAAAUUUAACAAUCUAAGAGAUCUUCUUUCUUUCUUUCUUUUUGUUAUGAAACAUCUGAAGUUCUUUUUUUCUUCCAAUAAAUCAAUAUGUUUUUAUUCAUUUGGUUUGUUUGAAUUCUCAAAGAUUGUAAUACACUAGAUUCUGCAGAUAUAUGACU